GCGCCCAUGACUGUCAUCUGCAGCUCCCAUAGCGCCCAAUAGGCUCCCCCUCCUCUCUCUACUGUCUACUGCAAUCUUUGAUCUUUCCAAUUUCCAAAACCCUACCCUUCCUUCACUGUCUAUAGUUCAACUCUUUUUCUCUCUCUUCUUUCUUUCCACACGAACUUGUGUAUACGUAUCAUAUGUAUAUAUAGACAGCCGUUAUGCCCUACAAGUAUCGGUGAUUGAUCAUCCGCCUCCGGUGCAUGUACAACACCAUCGCUCUCCAAGUUUCUCUCAGAGGUUCUAUUUUGGGCGCACCUACGGUCAUUUCCAGACCCAAUGGAUAUGCGACAGGCACUUCUGAUCGAGGAUGAAAAGGAAGGGAUUAGAAGAAGAAUUAUAGCAGAAGAGAUUGAUCGAGUAAGGAUCUUGAGUGCUGAACUAAGGAGGGAGCCCAUGAUGCCAAGGGUUGGGAGGUUACCUCCUCCUCCUAAUGGAGCAUUCUUGAUGGGGUUUGAACCAAGGUUCCCACCUCAGGAACAACAGCCUCAGCACAGGUGUGUUCUGGAAAGAAUGGCCAUACCCUUUGGUGAGAGGCCGGGUGUGGGGAUUUCAAGUGCUGGAAUGCCUGCAAGUCGUGAAUUUGGUUGUGUUGAGAUGGUGCCAUUUAAGGAGCAAAGGGUUGAAUUAAGCAUUUCUGAGAAACCUUUUGAACAACGGAGUGUGACACCAAUGAUCUCAGAGAUACCUUCUAAGAACCAUGGUGUACAAUCUCGAAUUUUGGAGUUGAAGCCUCCCUCUAACCCUGAGCAGAUGAGUAAGGAACUAAACAUUUCAGGGGUGGGCGCCACCACUGAGCAUGACAAAGAGAAAGACAAAUUGCUGGCUAAGCCUAAUGUAAAUCUCUCAGGAGUAAAGCGGAAGGGAGAAAUGGCAGCAGAAGCGGUUAUAAGCAGUGAUCUCCCAACAAAUGGAGUCCCAAAGAAGAAAAUUAAAGAUGGGUGGGAUUGUGCACUUUGCCAGGUUAGUGUGACAAGUGAGCGUAACCUGAACGAACACCUAAAAGGAAGGAAACACAAGUCUAUGGAGCGUAAGGGGAAUGGGAAGAGCUUAAGAACUGGUGGUUUCCCCGAGGAACACAAACCACUCAACCUUGAUGCCACACCAGAUGAUCCAAUGGCUGAGAAAAAACUGAAAACGGGAGAAACUGCCAGCAUUCCUGAAGAUAAAGAUGCACCAUUGUUGCAGAUUGAGCAUCAUGCAGACAACUCAAAGAUUAAUGCAGAUUCAGUGAAUGAUAAAGAGGAAGCUGGAAAAAGAUGCUGAAAAGGAUAAGCAAAUGCUGUUUAAUGGAGCCAUCAGUGUCAACCCAGAAGAUUAGAUUCUUAGCUUGCAGCAGACCAUGAAAUUCUCAAGCAGCAAAGAAGAAUUUUCUGCAUAGUUCUCAAAUUAGGGGCUGUACAAAGAAUCAUCUAAAUUCGUGAAUAUGCAAGGCAUGCAAUAGGUAUGACUUUUGACUUUGAAACAUCCUUUGCAUGCAUAUAAAAGUACCCCACUAAAUGCAAAGGAGAAAAAUAUUGAUUCUGAGUA